GUUAGAUAAUACAUUGAAACACACAAUGAGUUAUUUGACUAAAACGGUAGUGUUUGCGCUGUUAGUCGCACAUGGGUUGGGAAAGGCGCUCGACUACCCAAUCAUUGCCGGGUAUCCCUGUCCUCAGGAGGAUAUUGAUAACACUCUUUGUUUGGGUCCCAAAGACUGCUUAUAUCCCAAUCCCAGAGAUUGCAGUCGUUUUAUACAAUGUAAUGACGCGGGACUGGCGUAUGACAUGCCCUGCGCUCCGGGAAAUCUGCACUGGAAUAACGCCAUAAAGGAGUGCGAUUGGCCUGCAAACGCCAAUUGUGUGGUAGAGCCCGAGCCAACCACACCCGAGGCAACCACACCCGAGCCCACAACACCAGAGCCAACUACCCCAGAGCCUACAACUCCUGAACCUACACCUGAGCCCACAACAACUCAAAGGCCGACCCCAUUACCCGGUUUCGUGUGCUCUCUCGAUGACAUCGCGAACACCCAAUGCAUGGGCCCUAAGGACUGUCUAUACCCUCACCCAACAGACUGUAAUAAAUUCAUUCACUGCGAGGUUAACGCUGACGGACAGACCGGUAGACCGACAGUGAAGGAC